AUGUGGAAAUCACAGUUCAGUGAACAAGACAUUGGUCCGACAAAGUCAACUUCGUUGCAAGAAGAAACCAGUUUGAUCAUUGCUGAUUCAAGAAAAUGGGGACGACGAUGGGAAAGCCAUUUGCCGUGUUUUUUGGCCUUGAUGGUACCGGCAAAUCAUCAAUACACCACAAACUCAAAACCGGAGAAAUCCUUUCCCAAAACAUGCCUACCGUUGGGGAACGUACCGGACAAUGCGGCUGUUCUUGUUUACGGUAACAAGCGUGAGGUUCCUGGUGCCAUGUCUGCUUCUGAGAUCAGUAACAAGCUUGAUCUCACUUCUCUUCGUCACAGAAACUGGCAAAGAAACUGGCAUGUCCAGAGCUCAUGUGCGUUAUGUGGAGACGGUUUACACGAAGGACUCGACUGGCUCUUGAAAAACGCUGAAAGAAUGUAACAAAACUGGUCCUGGUCUUUUAACGCGGGAUCUCUGUACCGAACACAGCCAUUUUCUGUUUCAAGUUAUUAAGCUCUUCGUGCUUAUUCGCUAGCUCCAUCAACAACUUGAUCCUUUUAAACGAGACAUUACUCGGUCUAUGUCCCUUCUCAACCAUCUCAAGCAAACAUUUCUCAGCUUCAUCCACUUUAGCCAAAUCACAAAGCAAAUCCAAAAGCACAUCCGAAACCAAACUAUACGAACCGAAACCUUUCACCACCAUAUCUUCCCACAACCGCAUCGCCAUAUCCACUUUCUCGUGCCUCUUAAACAUCUUAAUCAAGAACAUACAAGACUGAGUAUUCGGCAAACACCCAUUCCCCAACAUUCUCUCGUACAGCUCCCAAGACCGUCCCAAAUCAUUCGCCAGAGACAGAACACGGAAAAACAGAUUAUAAGUAGUAGCGUUCGGAGACAAACCCUUCUUCACCAUCUCAUCCACCAGCAUCUCCGCAUCCCCGAGCCUCCUCGCAAUGCAGUAGUUCCUGAUUGCAGCAUUAUAAGCAGGAACAUCAGGAUAACAUCCAUACUCCUUCAUCUCCUUCAAGACCUCUCUAGCUUUAUCAGGCUGACCGAUUAACCCCAAACCUCCUAUAAUGGUCGUGUAAGUGAUAACAUCCGGAGUUUCAUCCUCCUCGCGCAUCUUAUCUACCAACUUGUAAGCUUUCUCCAUCUCCCUGUCUUUACAAUACACAUCAAUCAAAGAGUUAUACGUGACCACGUCCGGUUUUAGCCCCUUUUCUUUCAUUUCCUCGAAGAAAGCCUCCGCUUCUUCCGAUGAUCUCCAUCCCGACAAGAGUAUGUUAAAAGUCUGCAAAUCUGGCUGGAACUGAUGCUUCAAGGUGUGAUAGACAUUCCUCGCAUCGGUCAUACUCUUCUCUUGGCAGAGAGUUCUCAAGAGAGCGUUGAAACAAGCCGUGUCGAAGAAAUCAGGAACCAAUCUCUUAAACUUCCAGAAUGACUCAACGGUCUGUCUAACGGAGCACAGCUUAGCUACUCUGCCUAACACCACUUGAAUCGUCCUUGGCGAUAUCAAAGACCGAUCCUUUCGCUUAGCUUCAAUCAAAAUCUCCCAGAUUUGAUCGAACUUUCGGUUUCUACCGAGGAUGUAGAGCAUCGUGUCUAGAGAGAAGGCCGAAUGAUAAAACCCUCUUCUGGCACCAGCGUACCUGUAAAACUCCAGGGCUUGCAGAGGGUUUCCGUGACUAAACCUCACCCUUUUCAACACUCUCUCGAUUAAGUCCUUGGACAAGUGUAUUCCACUGGAGCUCAAGGAUUCCUUCAAUUCUCCCUGCAGAUUUGAUCCAUUGAUCAUCCGGUAAACGGUUUCCGCGUCAUCGUCUUCACCUGCGGGAAGCUUCGCAUCCGAGGAGUGUAUUGCCACACUGUGAAGAAACGAUUUAGAGAGACGGAGAUUGGGAACGCGAGAAGCGCACUGAGAAGAUAACGGCUUGAGUUUCUUCACCAUCAUUUCAGCAAAUUGACUUUCGUCGAAUAUCGUUUACAAAAAUCUGAGCUUCGCUCAAAAUCGGAGAAGAAACUCGGAUAAGUGAAACCGAAGGCUCUGUAACAGAAGACUAUUCGAUAACCAGAACUUUUCUGCUUCUAUGGAGUAAUGCACUUUAGGUUAAAGUCCAGAGAGAGAGAGAGUCAAG